GCGCGCGAUCGCGGUGAGUCGCCGCAGAGCGCCCCGAAGUGGCAGGCCUGGGGGUCCGGUUCUGUGAGCAGAGCCAUGGAGCAAGAGGAGGACGCCGGCCCAGAGGCGGGCUUCUGCCUGGCCACCCUUCGGUCCCGGGGUCUGCAGCUGACGGAGCAGCGUGCCCAGGCCACCUCGCUGAUGGGUGUUGCAGCUGGAAUCCUCCUGGCCCUGGCCCUCAUUGGCAUGACCAUCUUUUUUGUGUCUAGAAGGGUUAACCGAUUCCGACAAGUGCAGCCCACUCCUCAGUACAGGUUCCGGAAGAGAGACAAAGUGAUGUUCUACGGCAGGAAGAUCAUGAGGAAGGUGACCACGCUCCCCCACGCGCUUGUGGGGAACACAGCUGCCCCCCGGCAGCGGGUGAGGAAGAGGACCAAGGUGCUGUCUUUGGCCAAGAGGAUCCUGCGUUUCAAGAAGGAAUACCCGACCCUGCAGCCAAAGGAGCCCCCGCCCUCCCUGCUGGAGGCCGACCUCACGGAGUUCGACGUGAAGAAUUCUCACCUGCCGUCAGAAGUUUUGUACAUGCUGAAAAAUGUUCGGGUCCUGGGUCACUUUGAGAAGCCACUGUUCCUGGAACUUUGCAGACACAUGGUGUUUGUGCAGCUUCUGGAAGGGGAGUACGUCUUCCGGCCAGGGGAGCCAGAUACCAGCAUGUACGUGGUGCAGGACGGGCGGCUGGAGGUCUGCAUCCAGGAUUCGGAUGGCACUGAGGUGACGGUCAAAGAGGUUCUGGCUGGAGACAGCGUCCACAGCCUCCUCAGCAUCCUGGACGUCAUCACUGGCCACACUGCACCGUACAAAACGGUGUCUGCCCGCGCUGCUGUCCCAUCCGCCAUCCUCCGGCUUCCAGCUGUGGCUUUCCAAGGAGUUUUUGAGAAAUAUCCUGAAACCCUGGUGAGGGUGGUGCAGAUCGUCAUGGUGCGGCUGCAGAGGGUCACCUUCCUGGCUCUGCACGACUGCCUGGGCCUGACCGCGGAGCUCUUCAACCCUGAGAGCCAGGCCAUCCCGCUUGUGUCUGUAGCCAGCGUGGCUGCUGGGAAGGCCAAGAGGCCGAUGUGCUGCAGCCUCGAGCGGCUGGAGAGGCCCCCGCGGCCCCAGGAGCCCUGCGACCCAGAUCGUGGCGGCAGCCGUGCAGCAGCCUCUGGGCCUCUGCCGAAGAGGAGCCCCCCCUCCCCGCUGCCUUCUGUCCACGAAGAGAUCGUGGACAAGCUCAGCCAGGCCCAGGCAGGUGACCAGGCUGCUUCAGCUCCGCCAGGGGGCACAGCAGGUGCCACCUCAGACCUGAGGAUGGCCUGUGACGGCGCCCAGGUCCUGCAGCACGCAGGGGGGCGCCCCGGGAGCACCGUGGCCAGCGAGCCCAAGAAGAGCUUGGUGGGUGCAGAGACCCCGCCGGCUGUCCUCCUCCACUCGGACGGUCACGCGGCUGAGGCUGUUGCCAGCAAGAAGACAGACGCCAUCCUCGGAGCCGCCAAGAAGGACCUGCUCACGCUGAUGAAGCUGGACGACCCUUCGCUGUUGGAUGGCUGGGUGACGCUUCUCCACGUCCCAGGGGGCAUGGUGGUGUCAAGGCAGGGAGACCAGGACGUGAACAUCCUCUUCGUGGUCUCGGGGCUGCUGCACGUGUACCAGCGGAAGAUCGACAGCGAGGAGGACACGUUCCUGUUCGUCGCGCGCCCUGGCGAGAUGGUGGGCCAGCUGGCCGUGCUCACGGGCGAGCCCCUCAGCUUCACCAUCAGGGCCAACCGGGACUGCAGCUUCCUCUCCGUCUCCAAGGCGCACUUCUACGAGGGAGUCCCUAGGCAGCCAGCCGUGGUCCUGGGCGUGGCGCACACCGUGGUGAAGCGGGUGUCGUCCUUCGUGCGGCAGAUUGACUUCACCCUGGACUGGAUGGAGGUGGAGGCCGGGCGCGCCACAUGCAGGCAGGGAGACAAGUCGGACUGUACCUGCAUCGUGCUCAGCGGGUGCCUGCACGUGGUCAUCCAGAAGGACGAUGGCAAAAAGCGCCUGGCGGGGGAGUACGGCCGCGGAGACCUCGUCGGUGUGGUGGAGACGCUCACCCACCAGGCCAGGGCGACCACGGUGCAUGCCAUUCGGGACUCGGAGCUGGCCAAGCUUCCCGGGGGGGCACGGACGUCCAUCAAGCGCAGGCACCCACAGGUUGUGACUCGGCUGAUUCACCUCUUGGGCGAGAAGAUCCUGGGCAGCUUCCAGCAGGGAACUGCGACAGGUCACCAGUUUGGGCUACAUGCUGUAGGCAGCAAGUGGGACUCGGGGAACCCUGCCAGCAACCUCUCCACGGUGGCCGUCAUGCCCGUGUCAGAGGAUGUGCCCCUCACCGCCUUCACCCUGGAGCUCAAGCACGCCCUCAGCGCCAUCGGCCCCGCCCUGCUGCUGACCAGUGCCAACGUAAAACAGCGCCUUGGCUCUGCUGCUCUGGACAGUAUCCACGAGUACCGGCUGUCCAGCUGGCUGGGGCAGCAGGAGGACAUCCACCGGCUCGUGCUCUACCAGGCGGACAGCACGCUCACACCCUGGACCCGGCGCUGUAUCCGGCAGGCCGACUGCAUCCUUAUCGUGGGCCUGGGCGAGCAAGAGCCCACGGUGGGCGAGCCGGAGCGGAUGCUGGAGACCUCGGCUGUGCGCGCCCAGAAGCAGGUGGUCCUGCUGCACCGGGAGGACGGGCCUGCGCCGGCCCGCACUGUGGAGUGGCUCAACAUGCGGGGCUGGUGCUCCGGCCACCUGCACCUCUGCUGCCCUCGCCGCGUCUUCUCCAGGAGGGGCCUGCCCAAGCUGGUGGAGCUGUACGAGCGGGUCUGCCAGAGGCCCCCGGACCGGCACUCGGACGUCUCCCGCCUGGCGCGGGUGCUGACCGGCAACGCCAUCGCCUUGGUACUCGGGGGAGGGGGAGCGAGAGGCUGUGCCCAGGUCGGCAUCAUCCGGGCCCUGACGGAGUGCGGCAUCCCUGUGGACAUGGUCGGAGGGACGUCCAUCGGGGCCUUCAUGGGCGCCCUGUACUCUGAGGAGCGGAACUACAGCCAGAUACGGAUCCGGGCCAAGCAGUGGGCUGAGAUGAUGACGUCGAUGGUAAAGACCAUGCUGGACCUGACCUACCCCAUCACCUCCGUGUUCUCGGGGGCUGGCUUCAACAGAAGCAUCUGCAGCGUCUUCAAGGACAGGCAGAUCGAGGACCUGUGGAUCCCCUACUUCACCGUCACCACGGACAUCACAGCCUCUGCCAUGCGGGUCCACACAGACGGCUCUCUGUGGAGGUAUGUGCGUGCCAGCAUGUCCCUGUCGGGCUACAUGCCCCCGCUCUGCGACCCCAAAGAUGGACACCUGCUGAUGGACGGGGGCUACAUCAACAAUCUCCCAGCGGAUGUGGCCAGGUCAAUGGGGGCAGAGGUGGUGAUUGCCAUCGACGCGGGCAGCCGGGAUGAGACAGACCUCACCAACUACGGGGAUGUGCUCUCCGGGUGGUGGCUGCUGUGGAAGCGCUGGAAUCCCUUGGCCACGAAGGUCAAGGUGUUGAACAUGGCGGAGAUCCAGACGCGCCUGGCCUACGUGUGCUGCGUCCGGCAGCUGGAGACGGUGAAGAGCAGCGACUACUGCGGGUACCUGCGCCCCCCCCCCAUCGACGGCUACGGCACCCUGGACUUCGGCAAGUUCCACGAGAUCUGCGAGGUGGGGUACCAGCACGGCCGGACGGUGUUUGACAUCUGGGGUCGCAGUGGCGUGCUGGAGAAGAUGCUGCAGGAUCGGCAGGGGACGAGCAAGGUGAAGGCGUGCAAUGUGCUCACCUGCCCCAACGCCUCCUUCACGGACCUUGCUGAGAUCAUAUCACGUAUCGAGCCUGCCAAGGUGGCUGCAGCGGACGAUGAGUCUGACUACCAGACUGAAUACGAGGAGGUGCUGCUGGGCGGCCCCAAGGACUUCCAGAGUGCCCCAGCCGGCCUGGGCUCCGACUCGGAGGACGAGCCCUCGUUUCGGCAUCGGCACUCCCGUCUGGCUUCCCCCGAACCAUCCCAGGACUCCUCAUCCCCCCUGGCUCUCUGACCAAGACGGGCAGAGGUCUCUGCUCUGAUGCGCCCUGAAGCCAGCAUCUCCCGUGGGUGCGUUUCAGAGAACCAGCUCGUGCAGCUCCUGCAGCUCUUCCCCAGCCUGCCAGGGAGACCCUGCUGGGGCCCAGGGCCCUGCCGGCCGGUGUUGGAGUGGCUGGGGGCCUCUCCGCACUGGCCGCUCCUGGUGGGGCACUGGGUCCUGGCAUCCCCUGCACACAGAGCAGUCCUGGGGGGCUGUGUCGGCCCCUGCGGGCCCCCUGAGGCCUCUGAGAUGUCAGAGCCCCUGAUGCUUCUGCUUAGCCUGUCAAUAAAGGUAGAUCUGAUCGUG